UGAAUAUUACAUUGUUAGUACAUUGCCUUGUUCAAAAAACAACUUGUCCAAAAUUCUGAGGCUGUUUGUAAAAGAAUAAACAUCAACAUGCAGCUGCACUCAGUGUUACAGCUCUCUCCAUAUGGACACAUGUAUAUCAGAGACAGCUGUAAAUAGUUAAAUGUGGAGGAAACAUAUUUUUAAAAACGUUUAUAAGAAAAGCGAUUUCGUUCCAUUUAAACUCAAGCUCGGCAGCGUGUAACCAUGAAGUAUUGUCAUUGGACUAUAAACUCUGAACAUUUCUUCUGUUAGUUUUUACGAGCUCGGAUUGUGACUAAUGUGGUUGCUCAGCCUCAAACGGUAAUUUAUAGGAUAUUACACAGCGGAGGGGCGGAGAACCGAGGACCCUCGCAUUUCUCUGUGGCCGCUGAGCGCACAAUGACAGAGUUCUUCCGUUAGAGCAACAUGCUUUAUUCUGGAUAUUUUAUAUGGAUUAUCUUGUCCUCGUGGGGUACGACGCCUUUUUCUUUCUUUCUUUCUUUCUUUCUUUCUUUCUUUCUUUCUUUCUUUCUUUCUUUCUUUCUUUCUUUCCUCUCAUACAUUGUCCUACUUUCAGGAACAAUUGGGGACAGUGUGAGGACUCUACCUCAUGUGAUGAAGUACCAAACAGUGCUACCUCAGAAGCUGAAGGAUCAAUCACUCAUUAAUGACGAUUCUAAACACCAGAUGUACCCUGAUGUUGUCCAGUAUUCUCUGACAAUUGGAGAGAAAAACUACACACUACAUUUAGAAAGGAACAAAGAUCUUGUCUGGAAAAACUUUUCUGUCACUCAAUAUUCCGCUCAGGGCACCGAAGUUACAACUAGUUCAGAUCUUGGAGUUGACUGCUACUAUCAUGGACACGUAGUGGGAGUGCAAGACUCCUCUGCCAGCGUGGGACUGUGCUCAGGAAUAAAGGGAUUUGUGCACGUGCACGACCAGACGUACCUCAUCGAACCUUUGGCCGAGGCCGAGCAGGCGCAUGAAGUGCUCAGUGAUGAGGGUCUGCAUGCUGUUUACAACUACAACCACCUGAGGAGGAAGAGGAGCUCCUGUUCCCAUGGAAACACGACCACCUUCUAUGAUCAUGGAGCUCGUCCGUCUGGAAUGUUCCAGCUCAGCAGUCUGAAGAGCAGAGCCCACAUAGCAGGCCAUGCAGUAAAACCCAGGACAGUGGAGCUGGUCCUGGUGGUCGACCAAACAGAGUACAAGAAAUUUGGCAGUAAGAAGACAAUGGCAGCCAGACUCCUUGAAGUAGCAAACCAUGUGGACAAGCUGUACCGUCCCGUGGGCGUCCGCGUGAUGCUGGUCGGUCUGGAUAUCUGGUCCUACAGAGAUCAGAUAGACGUCAGCACCAAUCCUGAGCUCACGCUCGGGCGGUUCCUCGAGUGGCGCCAGCGCAGCCUCCUGCCGAGGACCAAGCAUGACAAUGCACAGUUCAUCACAGGUGUGGAUUUCGAUGGUUCCACCGUCGGCUUGGCGAACACCAAUGCGAUGUGCACCUCUAACUCUGGAGCUGUCAAUGAGGACCAUAACUCCAACCCAAUAGGAGUAGCCUCCACCAUUGCACACGAGAUGGGCCACAACCUGGGGUUGUCCCAUGACACUGAAAACUGUGUGUGUGGCUCCCUCAUGUCCAAAAAGGGCUGCAUCAUGGCCGAGAGUGUCGGCCUUGUGUAUCCACAGCAGUUCAGCAGCUGCAGCCAGCAGCAGCUCAGCAGGUUCCUGGAGGAGGUGAACCCGGCCUGUCUGCUCAACCUCCCGUCCACCGAUCGCGUCUACGGGGGGCCGGUGUGCGGAAACGCCUUCCUGGAGCCCGGGGAGGAGUGCGACUGCGGAACCGCCGAGGAAUGCAAGAACGCCUGCUGCAACGCCACCACCUGCAGACUCAACGCCGGGGCCCAGUGUGCAGAGGGAGCGUGCUGCCACAACUGCCAACUGAAACCAACGGGCAGUGUCUGCCGAGCGAAGGCAGGAGACUGCGACCUGGCAGAACACUGCACUGGCUUCUCCGCUUCCUGUCCUGCUGAUGCCUACACGCAGAACGGCCUGCAGUGCAACCGCGGGAAGGGCUACUGCUACAACGGGCGGUGUCCUUCGCGGCAGGAGCACUGCAAGAGGCUGUGGGGACCUGAUGCGGAGGUCGCUGCCGACGCUUGUUUCUACCUGCAUGGAAACUGCAGGAGGGCGCCGUUUAACCAGAGGUGCCUGAGCAGUGAACAGGCCUGCGGGAAGCUGUUCUGCUCUGGAGGCUGGGAGUUCCCCGUGACAUCCAGGAAGUCCUUCUACAAAACAGGAAAUGGAGACAUAUGCAAUGAGGCAACCAUGAACCCUGACGACGACUACCCUGCAGAUUUGGGCAUGGUGCCUACUGGGACCAAGUGUGGCAACAACAUGGUGUGCUACGAUCAGCGGUGCCAGGACAUCAACGGCGUUAAAACGUACGGAACCAGGGACUGCUCCGCCAUGUGCAACGGCCACGGGGUGUGUGACCACGAGCGCAAGUGUCACUGCGACCCCGGCUGGGCGCCGCCCUUCUGCGACGUGCAGCACUCGGAGCUGCCUGAAGAGGCAGGUCUGGUGUUCGCCGUGUCAGUGGCGGGCGGCACACUCCUCCUUCUGCUCCUGGUUAUUGGCGGUUUGAUCCUCUACGUCCGAAAACGCCGACCUGCAAAGAGAUGUUUCCCAUCUACCUCAGGACAAUUCAACCCCGUGUUUCGCUCAAGCAGCACCCGAGGCAGCCCUCGAAUUGGAACCGCACACAUCAGCCAGCCUACGUUCGUGGAGUCUUCAGCCACUCAAGCCUGCAAACCUCUGUUCUCUACUGCUGCCACGCCGCAAAGCGGAGCACUGAAGCCCAGCAGAGCCGCUCCAGAGCCACCAAGGAACACGCGGACUGUACCUGUAACUCAGCCUAGAAAGGCUCCAGAGGUUGUAAAGCCAUUCAUGCAACCAGCAGCUGUUUCCAGCAAGCCAGUCUACAGAGAGGGUAAACCGCUACCUCCAUCCAGACCUCUACCACCGCUUGCAACAAAGCCAACCCUUUCCAACACGUGCCAAGCAAAGGUGACCAAACCAAAGCCUCUGAUGCCUCCAGCGAAGCCAAAGCCGUCUGCAGCGUCGUCUCCACUGCCACACACUCAGCUGCUUGCAGGGAGGAGGGCCCUGAUGCCCCCCACCAGGCCCAGAUGACAGGGGAAACAGCGCAGCCAAUGAACGCCGGGAUCCUCUCGCGGGGAGGACGACGCCUUCGUCCCACCCAAAGGCCGGGAAAAUCCACUCAGGGGACGCUCGUCUGUGUUAGGGUGGAAUCUGCCUUCGACAGAGCUUUCCAGGCAUCUCUGCGCCACUGAAGAUUAUCGCUGUCUGUGCUUUGCCUUUAUAAGCCUUGGGGUCGCGAUGGAAACCUGAAGCCAUGAUUAACAGACUGAACCUCUGUUUCUUUUUUUGAUUGUUUUUAUUUAAGGGAAAUGUCUGCCUUGAUUCUGUCAUAUGUGAAAACCCUGAGAACCACAGUGCACUUUUGCUAUUGUUUAGUUCAUUGUCACUGUUUUCUCACAUGGUUUCGGUACUGCUUUUUAAAAUUUUGUUCUUUUAAAGUGUGGCACCAAUAUUGGCACUUUAAAGUUAUUAUUAUUAUUAUUAUUAUUAUUAUUAUUAUGUUUAGGGAUUUUUUUUAUCUAUUAUGUUUUAUUUUUUGUACACGUUUCCUUGACUUUAUGUGCCUGAUUAUCACAAGCAGUUGUGCUUUGUGUGUUUACUUAUUAUGAUAAUUGCAGUUUCACAAGGGAAUCAAUAACCUAUUGCAUAUUCUAUGCAGCGGACAUGAUCACAGCCUUUCGCUGAUUUCCGUCGUACAGUGACUCCGACUUGACUUGACGUGUAAACUUCAAUCAACAUGUAUUUAAACUGUUCCUUAUUUAUUGGGAUCCUCCCGAUCUCUGUACGAUGGAGCCUUUAAUAAAGCCCAAGCUGACGCUCA